AUGAUGUACCAAAACAGCAGCAUUUUUCACCCCACCACAUUUUUCCUCCUGGGAAUUCCAGGACUAGAAAGGAUCCAUACCUGGAUCUCCCUGCCAUUCUGCUCUGUUUACCUUGUGGCUUUGUUGGGCAAUGCUACAAUUCUCCUAGUAAUUAAGACUGACCAGACCCUCCGAGAGCCCAUGUUCUACUUUCUGGCCAUUCUUUCAACAAUUGACCUGGCACUUUCUACGACCUCUGUACCACGCAUGCUGGGCAUCUUCUGGUUUGAAGCUCAUGAGAUUAAUUUUGGAGCCUGUGUGGCCCAGAUGUUUCUGAUUCAUACUUUUACAGGCAUGGAAGCUGAGGUCUUACUGGCUAUGGCCUUUGACCGUUAUGUGGCCAUCUGUGCACCACUCCACUACACGACCAUCUUGACAGCCCAUGUGUUGGUGGGCAUCAGUAUGUGCAUUUUAAUUCGUCCAGUCUUGCUUACACUUCCCAUGAUUUAUCUCAUCUAUCGCCUACCCUUUUGUCAAGCUCAUAUAAUAGCCCAUGCCUACUGUGAGCAUAUGGGCAUUGCAAAAUUGUCUUGUGGAAACAUCCGUGUCAAUGGUAUCUAUGGGCUCUUUGUAGUUUCACUCUUUGUCUUGAAUCUAGUCCUUAUUGGUGUCUCCUAUGUUUACAUUCUUCGUACUGUCUUUCAACUCCCAUCUCAGGAUGCUCGGCUAAAAGCCCUAAGUACUUGUGGUUCUCAUGUUGGAGUCAUCUGUGUGUUUUAUAUCCCGUCGGUCUUCUCUUUUCUUACUCACCGAAUUGGACAAAACAUACCACGCUAUAUUCAUAUUCUUAUUGCCAAUAUAUAUUUGGUUAUCCCACCCUCACUCAACCCCAUCAUUUAUGGUGUGAGAACCAAACAGAUACGUGAGCGAGUGUUCCAUGUUUUUACUAAAAAAUAG